AUGAAUGAACCACGCCCUGUAAUGUUUGUUUACGCUGUACGUGUGUUAUAUGAACUCCCUGGCGUUGCAUAUGUUGCAGAGACUAUUGCCAGGGAAAUCUCAAUACAUAGGAAUUUAGUGCACAAAAAUGUUGUAAGACUUCAUCAUUUUUUUGAGGAUAAUGCCAAUGCAUACAUUGUACUAGAGAAUUGUUCGCGCAAGUCCCUAUUUCAUGUGCUGAAGCACAGAUAUUCUGUGACAGAACCAGAAGCUCGCUAUUAUCUCCGCCAGUUGGUGGAAGGCGUUAAAUAUAUCCACAGUCAGAAAGUGAUACAUCGUGAUUUGAAACCAGGAAAUAUGUUGCUAAGUGAAGAUAUGGUUGUGAAGUUAGGAGAUUUUGGCUUGGCUACGUUGGUGGAUGGAAACAAAAAAGUUUCAAUCUGUGGAACUCCCAAUUACAUAGCCCCAGAGGUCUUAAACAAGUUAAGCUACAGUUAUGAAGCAGAUGUUUGGGCGAUUGGUUGCAUUCUAUAUGCAAUGUUGGUUGGCCAACCCCCAUUUGAGACUGCCAGUUUAAAAGAAACGUACUCAAGAAUUGUUAAUAACAAAUAUACUAUUCCGUUAACAGUAUCUGAGAACGGACGAAAACUAAUAAGGCAGUUGCUUCAACCAUUGCCUGAAAAUCGGAUAUUAGUGGAGAAAAUAAAUGGCCACGAUUUUUUUAAAAACGUUUACACUCCUGAUACGCUUUCACCUCUGUGUUGUUACACAGCACCUGCUUUUAACACUGUUUUGCUUAACAGGCAUAUGGCAGAAGGCCUAACCCCUGUAGAUAUGACAUCGAGCGGCAGUGCAAAAGUAGGAUGUAAUACCGCAUCAACUACAAAGCAUGUAACGCAGAAGAAUGCUUUAUUAGCAAAGAUUACCUUCAAACAAAAGAUAAGCAGUGUACUCUGUCCUGAUAAAAUUGGGAGAAAAAAGGAAAACAAUGCCUUAGCAUUAUAUCAUAUUGUUGUGGGUUGCUUACGAUCAAUGCCACUUCCUUCAGAAAAUAGUACUCCAGUUAAUCCAAAUCCUGUAACAUGUUUUCUAAUAUUUGUUUCCAAAUGGAUUGAUUAUUCCAACAAAUACGGAUUUGGCUUCCAAUUAUCCGAUAAAUCUGUUGGUGUUUUGUUCAAUGAUAACACCCGAAUAAGUUUCAAUCCAGACAGAAGCCAAGUUGAGUUCCAUGAUGUCAAUGGAAAAGUAACUGCACAUCCAAACCAUUCAGUACCAGAGCCUCUUCAUCAACGUUUGGCAGUUCUUGAAUAUUUUUUGCAUUAUAUGCAAGAGAAUCUUACAGAUGGUGGUUAUGUGAGCUUACGUUCAAAUGAAAAACACAGAUCUCCUAUCCUGCAAAUGAAGAGAUGGGUGAGAACAAAUACUGCUAUAAUCAUGGAAUUAAGCAAUGGCACUUUACAGAUCAAUUUCUUCAAGGACCAUACCAAGAUAAUCAUAUCUGCUGGAAAGCAUGGCUAUUUAGUAACUUAUAUAAAUGGAGAAAGACAAAGUUGUUCAUAUUGGCUUCACCAGAUUGCACAAGUAGGGUGUGAGAAAAACAUUUCAAAUCGUUUGAAGUUUGCUGCAGCUGUUCUUAGAGAAUUUGCAGAAUUGGAUGGUGAAAUGUUAUGAAAAGAAAACCAAAUACAACUUUGUGUUCAUGGAUGCUUACUGUGAUCCUUGUUUUGGGAAGAAUGUUCCCAAGUUUUAAAUAUCAGAUCUCGUAUUUAGAGUAGAUAUAAAGGGUGGAUUUCACCAUUUAAAGAUGUUAUGUUUUCCAAAGUUUUGUACAGUGUUAUUGUUCUCAAACACAUUUUCUAAAUUAGAGUUUCUGUUCAAUAUAUUUGCCAUUGCUCAUUCACUUAAUUUCUAGCAUUUUGAUUUUACUGGCUAGUUGAAGACUGAGGGUAUGUCUAAUUUUUUCAAAAAUGCACAAUUAGAAAAAAAAUUAUUGGAGGGCAUUUAAUUAAAAUUUGAAAAUAAACAAAAAUGCAUUUAUAUUUUGUUUGAAAUGUUGCACCAGCUUGUGCAAUGUACUUUAAUUCAGUGAAUAUUUUCAUUGCAACAUAAAAAUGUCAGCCAUUUCUAAACAAGAUCUACCCUGUGUGUUUGAGUGAUCUGGAUUUCAGGCCAGAGGACAGAUGAAAAAGAGUUGUACAUACUAAAGCAAUCAUUACUUAGUUAAAACGCUUAGUCAUUGUAUACCAAAAUACAAUAACUGCCAUAUCAUUUAAGGAUUUAGCACAUUUUAGCCACAAUUAAGAAGGCAGGAAUGACCAUUUUUUCAAUUGUGAAGUAGCAAUAAUGAGCAAGAAACAGUUUUUAUGCUGUGUGAAAUAUUUGCCAAAUCUUUAUUGGCUCUAAAGUGAUUUAUAUUCAUGCUCUCAGAAUAAUCAAAAGGCUAAAAAAUUUUGGGUAAGACAUGGAUUUUUGUAUUGCUUUCAUUUUUAUAUGCUAUGAGCAUGCCUUGUAAUAACAUAGUGCAUUUAUAGUGGGAUUGACCAGUACAAUAUGAAGUUUGUUCACACCUGUGAUAUCUGAGAAGAAACAUAGCAUAUUAAGAAAAAAUAGAUGAAUGAAAGGACAAUAUUUUCUAGGUAGUAUUUACCUCACUUUGAUGUGCUUUUAGUAGUUUUAAAUGAAGGCUGUUGGUAUUUUCUCAUCCAAGUGAUGUUUCCUGCCAGAAAUUUCAGUGACUGAGUAAUUUAUAAAUAAUUUAAAUGUAUUAUGUAUAAUGUAUAAAAGAAAUUGAAUAUUUUCUCAUUAUGGAGAUUUAAUGUCACUGCCAUAUUAAAUGGUUUAAUCCAUUUAUAUUAACUUUUAAGUUUUCAAAGUGCUGUUCGUAAUCAAUUGCAUUAAUUUAUUUUAGAAUAAGAGUUGUGCUUUAAUGCUUCUGCCCUCAGAAAGGUGGAAUAUUUUUUGCAUAUGAUAAAUAGUGCCUUAAUUGCUUUUUGAUGUUCAUUUAUACUAAAGAAAUGCAAUUUUUUGUUUAUCCCAAGAGGCAAUUGUUGUUUUGCCAAAGACGUUAGCAAAGCUGGCAUUGAAUGUCUUCCUUGAUUCAAGAGCGUAGGAAUGUUAUAUCAUGUUUAAAAAAAAAUUGCCUUAAUGUUAAGAACACAAGAAGACUGAUUGCCUUAGGAUUAUGUUGGCAGAAUUGGAGUCAUCAAAUAUCUGAGAUUCAUUGUGCUCGAUAUUAUAUAUAUUUAUUCACCUUCAGUUUAUGUUUUCAAAUUUCUAGAAAAUACAUGAAAAAGUCUAAAGGUUUCUCUCAAAAUACAUUUCAUGUUAGUAUCAAUAUUGUUUUAUUCUUGCUUGUGUUGCAUACACAAUGAAUGCUUUAAUUUUCAUCAAUAAAUGAAGAUGUGUACAUUCCAGUGUUGUCAGUUUAUUUAUUUCUGCCCCUUUUGUUUAAAUUGGGAGAAACAAUGAAUGAAGAACUAGCCUGGAUAGCCAAGAUCGCCAAGGCUGAAGAGCUGUAGCACCUCAUGCCUGAAGGGUCACAGGUUCCAAUCCGCUUUGGACAUGGAUGUUUGUGUGUUCAUGUACCAUUAGCAUUACUCCUAAUGU